CACAAGACUGCUUCAUCGUAUCCUGCUGCAUUGCGCAAGCGAUUCCUUGCAGAUCAGUCACCCGAUCAAAAUGUCUAAGCAGAGGAGAUUAGAAGGGAAGGUUGCAAUAAUAACAGGAGCAGCCAGUGGGAUUGGGGAGGCAGCUGCAAAACUAUUCGUGGAGAAUGGAGCGUUCGUGGUGGUGGCUGACAUUCAAGAGGAAUUGGGUCUCAAAGUGGUGGCUUCCAUAGCAGGCCCUGAUGUCAACAGAGCUAUUUACAAGAACUGCGAUGUUACGGUGGAGAAGCAGGUGGAAGAAACCGUGGCUUUCGCUAUCGAAAAAUACGGCACCCUCGAUAUCAUGUACAGCAAUGCUGGGAUCCUGGGUCCAAUGGACAGCAUCCUAGACAUGGACAUGGAGGAGGGCUUCGACCGAACCAUGGCUGUAAAUCUAAGAGGACCGGCAUUGUGCAUAAAGCAUGCUGCCCGAGCCAUGGUUAAAAGACAAGUAAGGGGAUCCAUCAUUUGCACGGCCAGCACAGCGUCCGUUCUGGGAGGGAUGGGUCCCAUAUCUUACAGCAGUUCGAAGCACGGCCAGCACAGCGUCCGUUCUGAUGAAUCAUCCAUUUAUGUCAGUGGUCAUAAUUUAGCCGUUGAUGGGGGUUUCACUGUUGUUGAUAAUUCCAUUGCUAUGAUCGCUUCGCAGAUGCUAAUGAAGCAAAAGCAGUGA